UUGGGUUAUAACUGUUCAGGGUUUAGCACUAUGAACACAUCAAGUAAUGUUACUCUUGGUAAUUCUCCAUAUGAUUUGUCCAGGUCUGUGUGGUACUGGUUAACACGAGGGUUUAUUGCCCUCUUAACGGUGGUUGGUAAUGGUUGGGUUAUCUAUCUUAUYGCCAGGAUACCACGUCUUCAUCUCAUACCAAACUGGUUUCUACUAAACCUUUUAGUUUCAGACUUUUGUGUUGGAAUCGUUAACUUUCCUCUUGGUAUUACCUGUAAGUUCCUGGUACAGUGCAAACCAGAUUUGUCUUUUCCAGUUUUAAAUGCAUUUCUUAACGCUUCUGUUACAAAUCUUUGCCUGAUGACGCUUGAUCGGUACCUCGCUGUUGUUCGUCCGUUUCGAUAUCAAGGUUACAUGACAAAGAUUCAUGUCGCAAUAGCGAUAAGCAUAUCAUGGAUUGUUGCAUGUGGGAUAUCAUUUCUCUACUGGGCUCUCGACAGAGAGCAUGCGCGGUGGUAUAUGAUUUUCUACYUAAUCAUCUUGGAAAUUGCGCCCGCAAUGUUCUUAUCACUAGCGUACACCCACAUGGUAAUUAUAGGCCGACGUCAUCUUAAACGAGUAACCAACAUGAUGGCUCAGUUGAACUUUAAUUAUGGCGGGAAAUCCUCCAGUUACCGUAGCAACGAGAGAUCAGCUGUCAAAAUAAUUGGAUCAGUGACAGURCUAUUCUUAAUUUCGUAUUCCUUGUCAGUGUAUUUGACAAUUCAAAUUAUAAUUCUCRAGGAAAGACARCCUGACAUUUUGYUUUUGAUUUCAACCGUCAUGGUUUACUUUAAUUCUGCUGUUAAUUUUGUAGUAUAUGCCUUGUUUAAAAGUGAUUURARACGAGAAAUGAUGCGCAUAUUUCAGAAUCGUCGGAUUCGCGCCUACGAGUCUAGUGAAGGACCUUACAGACUCAGCUUCAUGUCGAGUCAAAGAACUACGACCAGAGUGGCUACUACCACYGAGUAAUUCUGUCAUUUCAAUGAAAACGAGAAUUAAAUAAUAUAAGAAAAAACUUAUCUCUGCCAUAUUUAAUCUUCUUCGUGAAAUCUUUUAGUGUAUUUGGUGCUGAGAAUAGAUUAAAUGUUGAUCAAUGAAGUGYGAUGAAAAAAACUCCUUCCUGUUCAGAAAAAAAAGCGUUUAUUGUUUCUCAAUAUUUUACUGUACUAAAAGUGGACCUGAACUAAACAAGACGGUAUUGAU